AUGGAAAUGGAAUCCUUGCUGUCUGAUUACUAUGACUACAAUAAUGAUUCUGACUAUAACAAUGAGACAGAAGAACAGGUUGAAGAAAUAUUUCCUCAGGCCCAUUGGAUUCUCCCUACUCUAUAUUCAAUUUUCUUCUUCUUUGGACUCCUUGGAAAUGCUUUGGUGAUAGCUGUAAUUUCUAGAAGAAGCUCACGAAGAGCAGAUAUCUUCAUCCUGAACCUUGCAGUCUCUGACAUGCUUUUUGUCCUGACUUUACCACUUUGGGCCUCUUCCUUGGCACUUGGCAAUUAUUGGCCAUUUGGAGUUCACCUUUGCAAAACCAGUGGGUUCACCAUUGCAGUGACCCGCUGUGCUAGUUCCUUGCUGAUGGCCUGCAUGAGCGUUGACCGUUACCUUGCUGUGAUGGGGGGUCAGAAGAUGCUCCUUCUCCGAACUAAGAAUUGUUCACUUGGGGCCUGCUGCACAAUCUGGGCCGUCUCUGUCCUUAGUGGAGUCCCAGCCCUUGCCUUUCGUCAGCUCAAUGAGGAGAAUGGCGCAUGUGUUGAACCUGCAAAAUCAUCUCUCAUUGUUGGUCUAAAGAUUUCCACUGUUCUCCUCACUUUUGUACUCCCCUUAAUUGUGGUCCUGUUUUGCUACUGCUGUAUGGCAAGGCACCUAAAGAAGUACUUUGGACGUGGAAAAGGAACACUGAAGCCUCGUCGAGGGCAAAGCUGGCUGCGCAUUGUCACUUGUGUGGUUGCAGCUUAUACAUUUUCCUGGCUUCCUUUUAACACUCUCAACAGUGUAGCAAUGGCAGCUCAGCUAAAUAUGGAUUUGCCCUUACUGAACGCAAUAGAUCAGCCCCUUUGUGCGGCAGCUGCACUGGCUUUUGCCAAUAGCUGCACCAACCCUAUCAUUUAUUUCCUUCUGGAUGCUGGCUUCCGGCGUAGGGCAAAAAUGUUGAUUCCACGUAUUUUUCCUGCCUGCUGUGCAGAUUUGCUAUCCCCACUCAAUAUCCAAAUAAUACCAGCUGCCACUGGCAGCGCAGAGAGUGGCAGUACCUACACUGGCAGCUGUUGA